AUGGCUAUAACUAUGGUCUCUUUCCUGAGACGACCGCUUUACUGCCUCAUUGCAGCCUUUAUCCUAACGACGCUGUCCAUGUUGCAGUAUUAUUCUACUUUACCCACGGAAAAUAUUCUGGAGGUGGCCGAGUCCCAAGUCUAUUCGAAAUGCGACUUUUCAAACGUAACAGAGAUUGAUGAUCGCUGGAACCAGUUGGCUACCAAAUACUUGCAUUUUCGAGACGACAAGUUCACGUAUGUGCAACCAAGCCUCUGCUCCUCCGGCUUAGCUUAUCCGCUAACAAGACUUGAAAUAGAGUAA